CUCCGCGGCCAGCCCGGCGGCAUGAAGGAGCCGGCGCUGCCCGGCACGUCGCUGCAGCGGGCCUGCCGCCUCCUCGUCGCCUUCUGCGCCCUCCACCUCUCGGCCACGUUGCUCUACUACCUGGCGGGCAGCGCCCUGGGGCCGCCGCGCAGCCCCGAGCCGCCGCCGCGCCGCCCGCCCCCCCCCAACCACCCGCCGCCGCCGGCGCCCCGCACGCCCGGGCCGCCCCCCGCCUCGCCGCCGCCGCCGGCCCCUCCCGCCGUCGGGCCGCCGCCGCCCUGCCCCGACCCCUCGCCGCUGCUCGUUGGCACACUACGUGUGGAGUUUUCUCAGCCUGUGAACCUGGAAGAAGUGGCGAGAACAAACCCCGAGGUGAAAACAGGAGGUCAUUUUACUCCCAAGGACUGUACAGCACUUCAGAAAGUAGCAAUUAUUAUACCAUUCAGGAAUCGCGAGGAACACCUGAAAUACUGGCUCUACUACCUACACCCAAUUCUUCAAAGGCAGCAGCUGGACUAUGGAGUGUAUGUUAUCAACCAGGAUGGAGAAGAAGAAUUUAACCGUGCUAAACUGCUGAAUGUAGGAUUCGCAGAGGCUUUGAAAGAAUAUGACUAUGAUUGCUUUGUGUUUAGUGAUGUAGACCUAGUCCCAAUGGAUGACAGGAACAUCUACAAAUGUUACAGCCAGCCAAGGCACCUCUCUGUGUCCAUGGAUAAGUUCGGAUUUCGGUUACCUUACAAUCAGUAUUUCGGAGGUGUAUCUGCUUUGAGUAAAGAGCAGUUCACAAAGAUCAACGGGUUUCCAAACAACUACUGGGGCUGGGGUGGCGAAGAUGAUGACAUUUAUAACAGGCUGGUAUUUAAAGGUAUGGGGAUAUCUCGGCCGGAUGCAGUCAUUGGGAAAUGCAGAAUGAUUCGUCAUUCCAGGGAUCGUAAAAACGAGCCCAACCCAGAAAGGUUUGACCGAAUUGCUCACACAAGGGAGACAAUGGGCUCUGAUGGUUUAAAUACUCUGUCAUACAAGGUGGUAAAAAAUGACAAAUACCCUUUGUACACAAAGAUCACAGUGGAUAUUGGCUCACCAAAUAGCUAACGUCACUGACACAAGAGAGACCUUGUGUAUGUUGCCCAGGACAUCUGGCCUCGAUGUUUUAUAUCUACUGGUUCUUUUGCGGUUCCAAUGAAGACCAAAAAAAAAAAAACAAAAAACAAAAAACAAACAAAUUGAUUGGACAAAUGCAUUUUUUUAAAUUCCAAACUUGACUUUACACAACUCUCUAGCUCUCUAUUGUUUUGUAAGUCCAGAAGCUGUACAUAAGAGUUGUAAAUAUUUACUUUGCCAGAUAAUGUUGGAUCUGAUAUGUUUGCUACAGUGCUCCCCACAUUAAGUUAAUUGCUGGACCCAAAUUUUAUUGAUUACAACUGUGAUGCAUCAGCAAUUACAGCCCAUGUUAUUCUGAUGUUUUAAAUUAGGUAGAUGAAAACAUUCCUUUUAAUUUGUACCUGGUUUUACUUUAUGAAGGACUGUAAAAUGCUGCUAAAAUUGUACAAGUUUACACUUUGCAUUACAUUUUUUUAAUGGCAACAAUAUCAUAUAUUUUUCUCUAAUACUGACCAAAACAAACACCUUCCCUGUUUAUUUGCAGAGCAAGUUUUGAAUAAUAUAGUCUAGAUUCAAUGAACAUCAUAUUUCUUCUAGUCUCAAAGGAGGCUUUGAGUGAGUUAAGCCAGAAUUUGCCAGUGAGCUCUGUGUAUUGAGUGGGAGCAACACAGACAGUAUCUAUUUUGUGAUCUGCAAAACUGCUGGCUUCAGAUAACUUUAUUUCUGGAUAUGAUGGUGACUUUUUGCCUUAACGCAACAAGAUACUUGGGGCUUUUUUUCCUCUGUAAUAAAAAUAAAUGGGUUUAAUUGUGUGAUAAAAUUUGCUGACGUUUGUUAACAGUGGUAAAAAGUUAUCACACUAUUUAAACAUGGUCUGAAUCUUCCAAAAACAAAUUUGUGCUUGCCGGGUUGUGCAUAAAACUUGAAUUCACUAUUACUUUUGAUAAUAUAACAUUUUUGUAACUUUUUAAAGUAAUUUUUAUAUCACAAGCAGUAUAUUUAAUACCUGAGUAAAUUAGGAUGCAGUGUAAUAGGAUGUUUCAAAGCCUCCUUUAUCUUAAGACUAGUAGGCAUUUUAUGUGCAUCAUUAUGUAAAAGCCAUAUAUUGUAUUUGCUCUGCAUAUUUGUCCACGAGAUCUCCUGCAGUGCUGAGAUGCUCGCAGGACAGCUGACAUCCAGCUGAUUUCAUUUUUUGUUGGAAGCCUGUUGUGAUGUGUGUCUUGUAGCGGGAAAUUCCCUUUUAAUUUUUUCCAGCAGUGAGGGGCAUGCACAUUUUAGAGGGCUUAUUGUCAGUGCACCAAGGCACGAGAAGCUGUAUGGACACUCUGCUUUUCCUUCUUGUAUCUGUAUGAAAGCCUCACGUGCUGAUGCCCUCAGAGCUCUUUAUAUGAUUUAAAGCUCUCAGCCAAGACUAAGAACUUAAUCCUUUCCAGGUUUUGGUGAGUGUUUUGCCACCAGCUCUGACCACAGCAAUUUGCACUUCCUUGGCCUGCGCUGAAGGCUGUUGAAAUCAGGGACACUUGAUAUAUUGGGGAUCAUCUUCAGCGCUACCUGUUCUUUGUCAUGACCUGAAGGUUUUGCUGAACUCUUGCAUUGCAGGGGAGGGGACCCGGACAAGGGGAUGAGGGCCUUGCUUUCCAAACUUGUCAGGCAUGCUGGUUACUGCCUCCAAGCUUCUUUUUAGAAAUAAUAAUGCCUCCAAGUACAACCAGUGGCUCUAACUAUUAGAGAGAUACCCAGUUGCCUGGUUGUCUUGUUUCUAAAACAAGUUUACCCACCUCACUUAAAGGCUUUUGCUUGUCAGAGUUAUUGCUUCAGCCCUGCUGGGAGCUCAAGGUAGGCUUGCAUGUCUGCUGAGCUUGGCAGCAGGCAACAGCGAAGCUUGAGAAAGCAGGCUUGUAUUUAUGAGCAUCUCUUCUGCUCACUGGCAGAUCGAAAAAAUUGCUCCUUUUUGGCAAGCUGGGCUCCAGCUCUGCAAGUAUAAAGGCGUACAACAGGAGGAUGCAUUCCAGAAAAUAGGUUAAAUUUUUACCUGUAAAACCUUUGUGUAAUCAUAGUUUGUGCCAAUAGCUAAGACACAAGUGAGGAUUUUUUUCAAAGGUGCCUUAGAAGCAGGACCCCAGCUCCCACAGGUGGCAUGAUCAGUACCAAAACUCAUCAAGGCUCCACUAAAAGUCCCAGGUCCCCACAGAGAUCACCUCUGUUAUUGUUCUGAGCCUUUCCUAAGUUGAGGAGUUGGGACCUUCAAACAUGUUCAUGGCUGUCUGCUCUACAGACGGUGCAAAGGGGUUAUCUGUCGUAUUUGAUAUUUGUUUGUUUGUUUUUUCUUGCCUUAUGAUCUUUUGAAGACCAGAAAAAGUUAGUGUAGUAAGUUUUUGUUCUGCUGUAUGCUGAAAUAAUUGAAUAUCAUCCAGGUGGUAUGAACACUGUUUCUGGCUGUUGCAAUCAAAGGUUUCUGCAAAUGUGCCUUGAAAGAGGGGAGAAAUGGAAACUGGAAAACUAGGAACCUGAAAACUAUUUUCAGCAUGGAAACAUUAGUGAUGCAAGAAACUGUCACUUAGUUUUUCUUCUAGUGUUAAAGCCACAAGCCAUUUAAAAGCUAAAGCUGUCUGUCCUUAUUUGUUUUACCCUUUGGUGCUGACCCAUGAUUUCCUGAUCUCAUUGUCCUUGUGUAAACUGUAUAGGUCAAACUUGCGAAACAUUCCUGAUUCAACCAGGCCAUGAAAUUUCUCUCUCUGGGAUUUUCGGGAGCCUUUGCUACAGGGGUUGAUGUUACACAGAAAUAAAUUUUGACCAUGACCUACACUGGGUGAUGUUUUUUCCAUUUAAGUACUGGCAGCAACACUCAGUGAUACUGUGCAUAAGGGUUCAAAUACAGAACAAAUAGCUGCAAAGGAGAUACUAGUGGUUGGUUUCUUUGGUAUUGCUCUUUAGGAUAGGAGAGGGUCCUGGCAUGCAGCUUUUCCCCUGGAUGUUACUCAUUUACUGAACUGCUUAAGGGUUUCCUAAAGAUGGUUUUGCUUUGCAUUUUUAUCAUUUAUAUAUCAACAGAUGUGUAAUCUGAUGUUCCUACUUUACUGUCAAUGUCAAAUAAAGUAUUUUCAUUUACAA